AUGAAUUUAUUUAUUCAGCAUACAACUGUAUCAUUAUCGAUUAAUGUAAAUGCUGUAAGUGGCGUGCGUGUUGAUAUGGAAACAAUAUUUAAUGAGCUUGUAUCGGAAGAUAAAGAUGAUAUGCCAACAACCUGCAGACUAAAUAAAGACAAAUGUGAAGCUGCAGAAGAUGAUCGAGAAUGUGAACGACGAAACAGUAAUCGUCAUCGACGUGAAAAAGAUAAUCAAACAGAUCGAUCAAGUACUUCAAAUGCUGACGAAGAACGUGAAGAAACGGCUGUCAAGGAAUGA